AUGAUUCCUCCUGCUGUGCCUAUUUUGUUUGCACUUUGCUAGUCUGUGGCUUUAAUUAGGCUUGGAUAUUCUAAUAUUAUCGCUGUUGAUCCAUCUAAAAUUGUUGUCGCAAGUGAUGUUUAAGUUUUUUGUUUUGAUAAAACGGGAACUUUGACUAAAAAUAAUAUGGAUGUAAUUGGCUUUUGCGAUUCUAACAUCGGAGAUUUAAUCACUGAGGUUCCUAAGUAAAUUAAAGAGGAAAAAUAAUAAGUUAUUUUAUAUGCUUUUGGGACUUGUCAUGGAGUUCAUUAGCAUGGAGGGGAAUAUAUAGGGGAUGAAUUAGAUAUUAAAAUGGUUGAGUUUUCAGGAUUUAAUAUCAGGAAAGGGAAAGAGUAAGUAGAAGCUUUUAACGACAAUUAAGUUUUGAAGGUGGUAAAAUUUUGGGAAUUUGAGAGCUAGCUUUAGAGAAUGGGAUGCAUAGUUUAAGAUCAAAAUGGCAAAAAUUUUGCGUUUGUAAAAGGUUCACCAGAAAUGAUUUAAUAAAUUUGCUUAAAAAAUUCUUUAGAUAGUUAAAAAUUUCAAGAAAAAUUAAGUUUUUUCGCUAAUAUGGGAUAUAGAGUAAUUGGUUUUGGAUAUAAGGAAUUAUAAUAAAAUAUAAAUUUAAAAAACGUAAAAAGAGAAGAUAUUGAAAAUAAUUUAAUUUUUUUAGGUUUAUUAAUUUUAGAAAAUCAACUAAAAGAUGAUAGUGCAGAAAAUAUAUUAAUAUUAAAAAAUGCAGAAAUUAAUUGUAAAGUAGUAUCUGGAGAUAAUCUUUUAACAACUGUUAAAUGUGCUAAAGAUAGUAAUAUUUUAGAUUCUAAAGAUAAUAUUAUUAUACUGAAUUCGCUAAAAGAUGCUUUUUAUUUAAAUAAACCUAAUGAAAAAAUUGAUAUUGAUUUGUUAUUUAAUAGUAAGUAGAUUGAUUUUAAGUUAGGAAUUACUGGGACUGCACUUAAAGAUAUUUAAUAAAUGGAAGAUUAAUAAUUACUUAAAAAUAUUAUCGAGCAUACCUUUGUUUUUGCAAGAUGCAAACCAGAAUAGAAAACUGAAGUUAUUUAUUUGCAUUAAACAUUAUUUAAUUAAAAAGUUGGAAUGAUAGGUGACGGAGCUAAUGAUUGUUCUGCCAUCAAAUAAGCAGAUUUAGGUGUUUCUUUUUGUGAAGCAGAUGCAUCUUUUUCAGCACCUUUCGCUUAUUAGAAAACGUCUAUUGAUUGCAUUACUAUUAUUUUAGCAGAAGGUAGAUGCGUUUUAUCAAAUAUGAUUGAAUGUUAUAGAUAUCAUCUUACUAUUAAUGUUUAUAAAUACAUAGUGGCCCUUAUAUUAGUUUAUGAAUAUAGCAAUUAUACUAGUUUUUAAUUAAUAUAUAUAAAUUAUUGUAUUGCUAUUCCAUUAUUGUCGUUUUCUUCAUUAAAUAAACCCUUAAAAGAAUUAAGUAAAAUGAGACCUAAUUAUAAUUUAUUUAAUAAAGAAAGUGCUUUCCGAUUGAUAGGCUAGUUUAUAUUGGCAGCAUUUGGUUUUUAUGGAUGUUAUUUACAUUAUUUACAAUAAGAUUUUUAUUAGGAUAUAAAAUCAUUAAAAGAUGGAUAUAUGUAUAACGAAUAAAAUAUCGCAAUAAACAUUAUGUUUCUAGCGACUAAUGUUUAUUUUUUACUAGCAUCAAUUGACUUUUAUAUUUCUUUACCUUUUAAAUAAAGAAUUUAUAAAAAUCGGAUAUAUUUUACAUGGUUUGUACUAUUAUUAACAUUUUCAGUUUUAUAAUAUUUGCUUAUUGAUAUUUUAGGAUUUAAAGUUUUUAAAUUUGAUUAAGAUUUGUAUAAAAAGAAAAAAUUUUUAAUUGAAUAAUUAGUUAUUGUGCUUGUUUUUAAUAUUUUUAUUUUUGUCUAUUAAAAAAUCGUUAUUAAAUAUGUUAUUAGAAAUAAAACAUAGAAAAUAUGA